UGUGACUACUCCGUGACAUCAAUUCGUCAACUUUAACCUCUCGUGCACGGGUAUAAAUAAUGUGAUUUGCUUGAUCAAUGUCAGUCGGUCAGUUACUGUCGUUUACUGAAAACGAGAGAUAGAAGACCAUGAAGUGCCUGGUGUUACUUGUGUUCGUCGCCUUUGCGGCGGCCCAAUUGUCGCCGCAAGAGCAGGUUGAUAGUUUUUUAAGAAAAACAACUAGAGGAUUUGAUCUCCCACUGGACGAAGUGAAAGAUUGCGUUAAAACUACGAAUACCACAGAAGAGGAUCUACUAUACGCGUCCGACUUGCAACAUGACGCCUUGAAGAGAUUCAAGAGGAUCUCUUGCUUCUUGACGUGUGGUUUUAAAAAGGCCGGAACGUUUGUCGGAAUGAAGGUAAACGUACCGAAAGUGAUGGAAGAUAUCGCGAAAAAUGGGGCACCCUUACCACCGGAUAAGGAAAAGAGGCUCCGCGAUGAUUUAAAUGCUUGCAAUGCAGAAGUGACAGAAGCGAAUGACGAGUGCGCUGCGGCCUACCAACUCGUUGCAUGCUUUAUGAACAAGACCAGGCCAAACCGACAGCUGUUCUAAUUUCCUUUUGAUUUUCCCUUUUACAAUUUUUGAAAACAUACGGAUGCUUCUGUAGGAGAUUCUUCAAUAAACUAGAUCAUAGACCAAUCGA